AAACUUCACAGAACCAUCAAAAGACUUUUUUUCUUUUUCUUCUUUUUUUUUUUUAGUCAGGAAAAAAAAAAAAAAAAAGACUUUUUUCAAUUCUUCUUUAUAAUUCCUCCUCCUAUUUUUUUUUUUUUUUUGGUUGAAAAAUUUGAAGUUCUCUUCAAAAAGUGAAAGGAAGUGGUGAAUAUUAGCACGAGUUCUAUAUAGAGAAAGCAAGUAUUCUUAUGAAUAAGUUUUGGUUGGUGAGCGGUUGAUUAUAUUAGCUUUCUAGAACAUCGGCAACUAUGGCAAGUGGGCAUGAGAAUUCAGAGGAUCCGGUUACAAGUGUGAGCGAAGAAAUGAUAUACGUUGCAGUGGGAACAGAUGUGAAAGACUGCAAAUCAAUCUUGUUAUGGGCUUUACGCAAUUUUGGAGGAAAGAGGAUUUGUAUCGUUCAUGUUCAUCGACCUGCACGGUGGAUCCCCAACGGUUUGGGUGGAAACCAUCCAGUAAGCUCAUUGGACGAAAGGAUUGUACGGGAUUACCGGAAAGCAGAAGGGAAAAUUAUGAAUGAGAUCCUAGAAGAAUACCUUUCUAUUUGUCACCGAGAGGGGGUACAAGCACAAAGAGUCUGGAUUGAAAUGGACGAUAUCGGGAAGGGAAUUAUAGAACUCAUUUCUCGUGAUGGGAUUAAGGAGCUUGUAAUGGGAGGAGCAUUAGACAAGCAUUAUAAAGAGAAGAUGAGCCUCAGGUCUAAGAAAGCUAAAUAUGUGUGCAAACGAGCACCCCUUUCCUGUCGCAUACUAUUUAUCUGCAACAGUCGCCUUAUUUAUACCAGGGAGGAAAAAGCAAGUUCGGACACUAAAAAUGGACAAGCAAAGCACUUGAUACCACGAUCUAUUACUUGGGAGCAUGAUAGGGACAACACUGAAUCUGAAGCAUCAAACCACUCGAUAUCAAAUUCUGUAAAUUUGGGACAUAAUGGGGACAUCACUAAAGCUGUACCAUCAAAUUGCUUGAGAUCAAAUUCUGUUACGCUGGGUAAUGAAAGGGAAAAUGGUGGAAAGAGAAUGAUGGAUUUUCUUAUCAACGAAAGUAUAGAAGAGUGUUCAUCUCCAAAGAACAAGUUGGAUGUAGUGGUAGAAGGGAUUGGGAAUUUUGAUGAAUGGGAUGGAUCAAUCAUUAGUCCAGGUUCUGCUUGCCCGUCAUUCCCUCCCAAAAAAGUGGAUGAUUUAACACUGGCUUUGUGGAAUGCGAAUGGGUUAGACUUAAGCCCAAUUUCUUCAGCUUUAACUAAUUCAGCAAGCCCUUCUGCAUCUUCAUUAUUGCAACCAAGUCCGACAUUGACUUCAAGUGGAAGUACAACAUCAAUAUACUCAUCUAUUGGAUCUCGCAGUGCAGUGGAUGUAUCUCUUUAUGAGAAACUUCUACUACAAGUGAUAGAAGAGGCUGGAACUGAGGCACAGAUGCGUCGGCAAGCCCAAAGAGAAUUGCUUGAGACCACACGCAUGUUCCAAGAAGAGGUGAAACAAAGGAAAGAAGUUGAGGAAGCACUAGUGAAAGAGAGAGAAGGACUUGAAAAGUUGAAGAAUCUGAAAGACCAAAUGAUGGAAGAACUUCGGAUUGCCAAUAAAGAAAAUAUAUUAUUAAAGAGCCAAAAUGAAGAGUUAGAAAAAAAGAGAGAUGAGUUGCAGAUUGAGCGUGACAAUGCAUUGCAAGAAGCUGAAGGGCUUAGAAGAAAACAAGUAGAGGCCUCUAGACAAGUGCCUAAGUUCUUGCUCUCCGAGAUUGAAGAAGCUACUCAAGGCUUUGAUGAAUCCCUUAUAAUUGGACGAGGAGGAUAUGGGAACGUUUAUAAAGGUCUCCUGGGUCAAGCCCAAGUUGCUAUAAAGACGCUACAAUCUAAUGGCAACCAAGGCCCCUUACAAUUCGAAAUGGAGUUGCGUGCGUUGAGUCAGCUGAGGCAUCCCAAUCUAGUCAGACUUAUUGGAUGUUGUUUGGAAACUUUUACGCUCAUCUACGAGUAUCUCCCCAAUGGAAGCCUUGAAGAUUGGCUCAACUGCAAGAACAAAAGUCCUCCAUUACCAUGGCAGACUCGAAUACGCAUCGCAAUAGAGUUGUGCUCUGUCCUCGUUUAUCUUCAUUCUAGAAAACCUCACAGCAUAGUACAUGGUGAUUUGAAACCCUCUAAUAUCCUUCUCGAUGCAAACUUUGUGAGUAAACUUAGUGACUUUGGAAUAUGCCGUAUAUUAUGCCAUGAAAGAAGUUCAGGCAACGACACAACACUAUGUCAUCUUACUCAACCAAUGGGCACUGUUCCUUACAUGGAUCCUGAGUUCCUUGUUUCAGGAAAGCUUACUAGGAAGUCAGAUGUUUACUCAUUUGGACUCAUAUUACUACAAUUGUUGACUGGGCAGAGACCAGACCUCACGAUAGCAAUGGAAAUGCAAGUUGUCAUAGAUACUGAAAAUUUGUCAUCCCGCUUGGAUCCUUUGGCUGGAGACUGGCCAAUUGAGAUUGCUCAAAACAUGGCUCAAUUGGCCUUGAAGUGUUGUGACAAGUACCGAAAGAAUCGGCCAGUCCUUGGGUCAGAUCAUGUCAAGAGUUUACUUGAACCAAUGUUGGUAGUACAAGGCUUUGAAGAGACGGCUGGACUAGUAGGAAUGACACUUCACGCAGAAUGAUUCUAAGUUUGCACACUGCACUUAGGAGCUGGUUAAAUAAUCUCAAACUCAUAUUGUUAAGCAAGGUGAGUGUUCUUCCCAUGAAUUCUUUCUUUGUUUAAUAGGAUUUACAUGAGUUUCUCAACAUAGUUUUAUAUUUGUUUUAUUUGAUUUGUUUGUUGAUCUUAAUUCUUUUGAUAUGUGUUAAUAUGAUUUUGG